UAAAUUUAUGUGAUAAAAACUUGGCGGUAAAUUUCGUUCCGUCAGCUUGUAAACAACGUUUCCGAGUUUCCAAUCAUUAACAACAAAAAUCUGAGCAGCAUGCAGAUACCUAUCAAGAUACCAGGAAAUAUUGGAGAAUGUCCGGAGUGGGCCAUCAUUGACCUCCAGGGAGGACUGGAGACUCGGAACAAUGUUUCUCUCCAGGGACGGUUCAUUGGUGAUCUCCAUUUUACACACAAGAACAUUCCAGUGCUGGUCAUAGGUCAUCAUAUUCUGUACGGAAAAUUGUGUGAUUUGGAGAAACCGCUUGCUUUAAUGACAAAGAAACACUCGGACAGUGAUACAAUUUCAGACCAGGAUAGCACAAUGGACCAACACAGAGACGUUCAUUACCUCGUAAAGGCCAUCAUACGAAAGAGACUCCUAUUUAAAACACGACCUAAACCUAUUAUCGCAAAUGUGCCAAAGAAAUUGUGAUGUUGUUAAUGGUUAUAAACCAAUAUUAAUUGUUUCCUGCCUGGGUAUGUUGUUCUGUUUUAUAUACAUGAUGUGAAUUUAAAUAUUUUUUUAUAGUAUUGUGUAUAUGUGUUUGACAUUAUCUUGACUAGUAAUGAAACUAUUUCUUUUGUAUUCCAACUUUAGAAUAACUUACAAUUACACGAUUGUAUCAUACAAGUGUAUAA